AUGUUGGUAAGCCUGUGAUUUAUGGUGUUUAUUAAGCUCGAGUUAUGGUAACCAUAGAAUCGCAUUCGAGCGUUGCGAAAUUAAUUAAAUACAAGCUCGUUUUUGUUCUAGAGAAUAAGUCAAGCAUGUUACAAUAAGCGAUGCGCUCUAUAAAUAUCAGCGAAUACACUGCGAUGACUCAAUUCACUCGGAAACAAUGAGAUAGGACAACAAAGUGUUGCUACUGGCAACGUAGACUGAUGAAUUGAAUAAUCACCUCGAUCGAAUAUUCACAGCAUUUCGCGGAUUUUCUCCUCAUGAAAACGUUAUUUUUAUUCACGUAUUGAGCCCGUAUUGGGACUGGAAGGUCUAUACACGUUUGGAGGAUUAAGUUUUUCCCUGAGUUGGAAUCUUUUAAGAGCUUCUCCGAAGAAACACGACGGAUUGAUUUUUGUCGUGUGUACACGAUUAAAGGGCUUCCGUUUGUAUGUCCACUAAGAAAAGGCCAAGAAAAGGGUCAAGUUGAAUUUUACAUCUGAGAACUUGUAAAUAUGGGAUGUGGCUCGUCGCAAUCGGUUGCUGCCGAAACGCCGGCGUCAAACACCCGUAAUGGCGGAAAACCCUUAAACAACAACGGCAAUGUCGCAGACGCGAUGCCUAUAGACACGGCUCCACCAGCAAAACCGGAGGUCGAACCCAAGGCAUCAAACAAUCUUAAUGGCGAAAAACCCUUUAACAAAAACGACAAUGGCGUAGACGCGAAUCCUAUAGACACGGCUCCACCAGCAAAACCGGAAGUCAAACCAGGCGAUAGAGUGCACGUCAGGGGUUAUGUGGGUACUGUAAAGUUCGUCGGUUGUACUUCUCUAGGGGAGGGGGUGUGGGUAGGAAUUGCUCUCGACAAGCAGCAACCACAAGGCAACAGCGGUUCUCACCAAGAAACGAGCUACUUCCAGUGUCAGCCGAAGCAUGGGUUAUUCGCCCGUCCAGGGGUCGUGCACCCUCACUCGGACGUCGACAUGAUCUCGAAAACAUCCGAGAUAUCGCCGAACGCGAUUGUUUUCAUCCAGACGCGAAUGAAGCGAAUGUUGGCGGGAAUGCGCCUUCGGAGACUUGUCGAGCGGUCGGGAUUUGAACGCGAAAUCGACAAACACGUGCAAAACACUCCCGCGAGCGCGACGGCCAGCAUAAACCAGCUAAGUGACUAUCUUACGGAAUGCUUCAGUACCGACCGAGAAAAGGCCUUUGCCAUUUAUCGCUGGCUCACUUUUAACGUUGCUUACGAUGUUGAUGGUUUUUUCGGGAGGAGCGAGAAGAAGAGCACCUCUGCGGAGGAUGUGUUGAGCUCUCGUACAUCGGUCUGCGCGGGCUAUGCGUCGCUCUACACUGCACUGGGCGAAGCCGCUGGCCUCGAGAUCCAUAAUGUUUCAGGCUACGCCAAGGGCUACGGCCACAAGCUUGGUCAGCGGUUUGAAGGCGUAAACCAUGCGUGGAACGUGCUCAAGGUCGACAACACGUGGUAUGUGAGCGACGCCACCUGGGGUGCAGGGUUUGUCGGGGAUGACAUGCUCUUCACAAAGAACCCGAACACGUAUCGAUUUCUGCAAGUCCCCGACGAGGCCAUCUUCGACCACCUCCCGGAGGAAGAAAAAUGGCAGUUCCUUGAUCCAACGAUCGAUAAGGCUUCGUUUGAGCGCUCGGCUAAGCCCUCGUGUGAGAUGCUAGAGAUGGGAAUAGAGCUGGAGAGUCAUAAGGACUACGCUUACGAGACGCCAACUGACACCAUAGACAUGACUUUCUACUGCCCAGGGCGCAAGAUGCUCUUGAUGGGCAAAGUCAAGACGAGCUCAGGACAAGCCUUGGAGGGGCGGGAACGGGUACGGCUCCGUUUCAAAGGUUUACAUCAAAUUGAGAUGCGCGCGCAGUUCCCCAAUGCAGGGACGUAUAAAGUCGAGGUAUACGUGGUAAAAGGCGAGAAUUCCUGGAAUCACGGCGUCAGUUAUGAAGUCACUGCCAGCCAGGGGUGUGGAUGGAACUGUGGGGGGUACCCAAAGGUAUCCAAUGCGUUGUACGAUCACGGAUUUACCCUUGAGAAACCGCUGGAAAAUAUUCAGACGGACGACGGUCGGGCGGAGGUUGUGUUUCAAUGCACUAGCACAAAUUUUUCGCAUUUGAUAAGUCGAAUGACUAGAGAAGAUGGCGGGAAGUUAGCAACAAGCGCAGAGCCAUGCUUCUCUAUGCUAACCGAUAAAGGCUUCGUGUUACGCAUCCACGCACCUGAGCCAGGGGGGUACAAACUCGACAUUUGGGGCUGCACUAAGGGGGAGGGCUCAAAUGUCUUCCUAUGCACCUACUUUGUGAACUCAAAUGCAACCAAGCCUCCCACAGGAUUCCCGUAUGUUCACCCGCGGUUCUUUGAAUGGGGAGUAAAACUAGUGUCACCGUGUGAGAAUAUUUAUAGCACUGACGGGAAGGCUGUGGUAGAGCUGGAGUUGCCUGGCGUGUCUAGUGUUAGCGGUUAUUUGAAAAGGCGCGAGGAGACUCUCCAUAGCUGCACCAUGGUAACCGGAGAUGGCGAACGAAAAUUAAUCCAAGUGCACACGCCGGAAAAAGGAGAAUACGAAUUGAAUAUUUUCGCAAAGAGAACCGGUGAAGAGAAAAACACCUUCCUCCUAAGAUACAUAAUAAACGCGACUCAGGGGACUGGGCCGAACCCAGGCUUCCCCGUACUUUCCAACGCUUUUCGCGAGCUCGGUCUACGCUUAUUGGACGACAACGAGAACAUUACCAUUUCUGGUGACAGCCUCACUCUCAAGCUAGCCAAUCCUAAGCAGUUAAAAAUCAUUGCUAAUUUGAAGGACAGCGCUGAUCAAGUGGCUGCUCAAGGUGCGUGCGAGAACUCAGAUGGUUGUGCCAUCGUGACAUGCGCAGUAGAAAGGGCAGGAAAGUACGACCUGCAGCUGUUUGGAAGUCAGGAGGAAAACUCAUCGUAUAUGUACCUCUGCUCGUUCAAAGUGCUAAAAACAAACUAAACCACGCGAUUUGGACUGAAUUGAGUGUAUCAUUAUUAUGUGUGUAAUUAUUAUUUAUUUUCAGAGUAUUGAUUGGAAUGUGCCUUACGAAAUAUAUCAAAAAACAUUUGUACAUUCAUUGAGAUUAUAUAUUCUUAUAAUAA